CAUGACUCGACGCCAUGUUGAAGUUAAGAGUCCCGUCUUUUUGCGACUGACGACGAUUCGGUCCGUCGGCGGAGAUGCUGCGCAAACAGUGUGACGCCUGGCGAUUUGAAACCCGCAUACGCCAAAAACUGUUCCCAUUGGCCGACCCAACCAGAUGCACGCAAAUCGUCUUCUACAGUUUCGAUAAGGACGGCGACGGUUUCGUCAGCUUCAGCGAUCUUCUGGAUGCCACAGCAUCGAUCGUCAACGGCAUGGUCGAUCAGCUCUCUUGGAUAUUUGGAUUCUACGAUUUUUAUGGAGACGGUUGUAUCACGAAGCGAGAAAUGUUGGUCAUAAUAUUCGCGAUUUAUGAGAUGGUGCAGGACGCGCAGACUAUCCAGCCCGCAGUUAACAUCCAAGUGGACAAGUUCUUCAAGAAGAUGGACGUAGACAGAGACGGAAUAGUCACCAGGGAGGAAUUCAUAAGCGGUUGUAAAAAUGUUACCAUUAUACAGGGUGCA